AUGAGUGCCGGCGCUAUGGUCGCAGUCAGAGUAGAGUUCAGCAAUCAAACUUCGUUAUACUGCAACAUUCUGCACUGUCGCUCGAUCCUGAAGACGAUAAGGGUGCAUCGUGCCCUGCCGAUUACAGUCAUCAUCAAAAUGGAGCUGAUCGACCAAUCGUUGGGAGACUGCCUGUCGCUGUCUGCCGGAAACUCGAAGAAAAUGUACUCAUACGUACUGGACAUUCUCAGACAAGUGAUGUUGUUGUACCACACGUUUCUGAACCUGUAUUUCUUUAAUUGUCCGUUUUGGAAACAUUUCACCGUCAAUUUCAUGGACAUCCUGGUUUUGCUUGCCUCUUGCUGUGACGUUCCGAAACAGUCGAUCAAAAACUUCAGUCGUCGCUUCUGCACCAUGUACGCUUCUCUGGAACGACGCCACUUUCGAUUCCUCCGUCAAAUCGAGUACAGCAAACGUGACGAAAGUUUUAUGUCUCAAUUCCUGCUUCACGGAGUCUGCUGA